AAUUAUUUUGACAGGGAGGCCAAUAGUGCUAGCUCUAUCCCCCAACAAUUUGACAGUAAUCAGAGCAGUGACUGUGUUCGCGAGGGCAUUUUCAACGGCGAGACAUUCGUCGUGCAUCCUAGUCUCAAUGAAGUUAGCACCUCCCUCUCUGUCCCCUUGGCUCCUCCGAAGGACAACCCUCUUGACAUUCAUAUCAGGGCAUUUGUGGGAGCUGUGCCAACCACAGAACAACUGCAUGUGUUUGAGUUGACGCGGCAGUUGCCACGUUUUAGCAUGUACAUGCUUAGUGGACCGGCCACCGCUAAAACCAACUCAGCUCUACUUCAAACUAGUUUUGUCUCGUUUCGUCUCAGCGAACGCGUUCAGAGGAUAGACAUGUGGGUGAACCAAAACUUUCUGUUACCCCACGAAUACAACAUGGCGUCACCACGAGGGGGUAACGGGGUGGGUGAUGGAGGGGGAGAGUGGAGUAUCUGUGUGACGUCACUGCGCGACGGUGCACCCCUCCUCAUCAAGUACGACGCCGGAAAACUGACUGUGGCAACGGAAAACUUAAGUUUGGCAGCCGAUGUUGUACAGUCGCUAGCUGGUUACUUGAAUAUCACUCAGUUGCAG